UAGUGCUGAACUAGAUUUGAUCGUUUGAUAUCAACGCACGAUAACACGAGAUUAGAAAACAUCGUCCGUCAGAUCAAGUUUUGGGAUAGAACGUGGGCCUCUAGUGUGUGGGCCUCUAGUACAGUGUGUGGACCACAGGUUUGAUCUGAAACUGUUUAAAAAAGGAUUGUAAAAGAUGGAUGAAAGGACUCCGAUAUUCGACAGCAGCGCAGGCGGGUCUUACAGUGGACAGCCCCCCUACCCCCCACACGGAGGUGUCCCUGGAGCUUAUCCACCCGGUGUGGUGCCACCACCCCAGCCUGGGUAUCCACCCCAGCAGGGGGCGCCCCCAGGUGGCGCCCCGCCCAUGAAGGACAUCCCCCACGACGCCAUAGCUGACCCCAACGAAGACCAGAUGGCCUCAGCGCCCCCCGCCGAGCUGAUGGAGAGUCUACCGGGCUACUCUAACGUCGGCUACCAGGGAGCCAUGCUGCCCCCGCCCACAUACCAGGAGGCCGUGCAGGAACCACAGGACCGGCAGCUCAUUAGGAGCAACCACGCCGUGACAGAAGAGCAAGCUAGGGAGGCGCUGCUGCAGUUUGUGGCUGAGCACUGCUGCUACGGCAAGAAACCCGCGCAGAUGAUGAGAAUCAACGAGCUCCAGUCGUCGUCUGCCCUACAUUACACCCUUGAAACUUUCGGUGAAGGCCGCUCGACCAAGUGGACGUGCAAGCCGUACAUGGGGGAGGGGCUGGUGGUGACGGGCCCACCCCCGGGGCCCUGGGACAUCCAAGCCCAGCCGCCACAGAUGUUCCAGACAAGCAAGGUCAAGGUUGAGGUGCCCAACACGGCCUCCAUCAAGCCUUGUCAUCGAUGUGGAGCAAGAGGCUACAAGUACUGCUACAGCUGCAUGGGGGUGGGGAGGAAAAUGUGCGUCUUCUGUGGGGGCUCGGGCAGGAGGAGCUACUACGAGAACGGUGAACACAGACACGGGCACUGUCACAGCUGUGUAGGAGGGUGGAGCACAUGUUUCGUCUGCUCUGGGUCAGGUCAGCUGGUCUGCAGGACGUGUCAAGGUCGCGCCAACCUGCGCUGGUUCAUCCAGCUGACCAUCAAGUGGACGAACCAUCUUGACGACCACAUCAUCGAGCGUACGUCACUUCCGGACGAGUUGAUCCGGACAGUGUCCGGACAAGUUGCCUUCGAGGAGACCUCGCCCCGGGUGUGGCCAGUCAACCACUUCCCCGAGCAGGAGAUCAACGCCGCGUCUAACACGCUGGUCAGCAGACAUGGCUCAAGCUUUGGGGGGGAGCGGAUUUUGAUGCAGAGACACCGUGUGCGCGUCAUCCCAGUGACGCAGGUGUCCUACAGCUACAAGGACAAGGCUGACUCCUACUUCGUGUACGGCUUCGAGCACAAGGUCUACGCCCCUGACUACCCCGCCAAGUGUUGCUGUUGUAGUGUCCUGUAGCUGGCGUUGGUCCAGUGGUCAAGUGUUGCUGUUGUAGUGUCUUGUAGCUGGCGUUGGUCCAGUGGUCAAGUGUUGCUGUUGUAGUGUCUUGUAGUUGGCGUUGGUCCAGUGGUCAAGUGUUGCUGUUGUAGUGUCUUGUAGCUGGCGUUGGUCCAGUGGUCAAGUGUUGCUGUUGUAGUGUCUUGUAGCUGGCGUUGGUCCAGUGGUCAAGUGUUGCUGUUGUAGUGUCUUGUAGCUGGCGUUGGUCCAGUGGUCAAGUGUUGCUGUUGUAGUGUCUUGUAGCUGGCGUUGGGCCAGUGGUCAAGUGUUGCUGUUGUAGUGUCUUGUAGCUGGCGUUGGUCCAGUGGUCAAGUGUUGCUGUUGUAGUGUCUUGUAGCUGGCGUUGGUCCAGCGGUCAAGUGUUGC